CAGAUAUAGUGAAUGCGGGGUCUGGGGAGAGCAGAUAUAGUGAAUGCGGGGUCUGGGGGUCCAGGGAGAGCAGAUACAGUGAAUGCGGGAUCCAGGGAGAGCGGAUAUAGUAAAUGCGGGGUCCGGGGAGACGGAUAUAGUGAAUGCGGGAUCCACAGGGAGAGCGGAUAUAGUGAAUGCGGGGUCCGAGGUGACGGAUAUAGUGAAUGCAGGGUCUGGGGAGAGCGGAUAUAGUGAAUGCAGGGUCCGGGGAGACCAGAUAUAGUGAAUGCGGGGUCCGGGGAGAGCGGAUAUAGUGAAUGCGGGGUCCGGGGAGAGGAGAUAUAGUGAAUGCGGGGUCUGGGGAGAGCAGAUAUAGUGAAUGCGGGGUUCAGGGAGACUGGAUAUAGUGCAUGCAGGGUCCGAGGAGACCAGAUAUAGUGAAUGCUGGGUCCGGGGUUUAGUAACACUUUAAAUGCAUGUGUAUG